GCAGUCGCUAUAGCCAUCAUCACAGAACAUCUUUGAUCCCUUAGUACAAUGACCACUUGUCCAGUUUCCGCGCCCACUCGCUUUCUGAACACGACCAAGCAAACAGCUCGCAUUGUAGUCAUCGGAGCGGGUCCCUCGGGCAUUGCAGCUGCCACACGCCUCCUUGAGCUUGGCUUCAAGAAUGUCAGCCUCAUGGAGGCGGAGGACCGCAUUGGCGGACGCAUUAAUACCAUUCCGUUUGCGGACAAUGUCAUCGAUCUGGGUGCACAGUGGUGCCAUGGCGAGGCGGACAAUGUAGUCUAUCAGCAAGUCAAGGAUUUGGAUUUGGUGACCAAAACUGGCGACUUCAUGAACACUUUCCGGUUUCUGCGUUCCAACAAGGAGAUUGUCCCGCAAGAAAUGGCCAACACGUUGAGAACCACGGCCGAGAACUGUCUGCCAGCCGGGACCAACGCAUACGAUGGUUCUAUGGGCGACUACCUGACCCAAAAGUACUGGCAGGAGGUUGCCAAGCUGCCAAAUGUGGAUCGCAGCACGGCUUCGGAGAUGUUUGAAAGCUUUAAAAAGGCCGAGUGUGGCACAGAGGGAUCGGAUCAUCUGUUUGAGCUCUCGGGACGCAGUCAUUUGGAGUUUGUCGAAUGCAAAGGUGACAUGUUAAUUCAUUGGCGCGACAAGGGAUACAAGACCUUUCUCCGAUUGCUCAUGAAGGCCAAGGAGGGUCUGCCCGAAGAUCUAGGCAUGCUCAAUGGGCGAGUCCAGCUGAAUAAGCGCAUAUCCGAGAUUAACUGGGCAGGAGUUGAUGAACUGGUGCUGCGUUUUUGGAAUGGCGACAUAUUGACAGCGGAUCAUGUCAUUUGCACGGUGUCCUUGGGCGUCUUGAAGGAGCAGCAUGCCACCAUGUUUGUGCCCGCCCUGCCAGAGGCCAAGGUGCGAGCCAUUAAGGGACUAAAGUUGGGCUCCGUUGACAAGUUCUUUUUGGAGUUCGCCGUGCAACCCUUGCCUCCGAACUGGGCUGGCAUUGAUUUCCUUUGGAGGGAGGAGGAUCUAAAGCAGCUGCGCGGCACCAAACACUUUUGGUUGGAGAGCGUGUUUGCAUUCCACAAGGUAAUGGAGCAGCCUCGUCUGCUGGAGGGCUGGAUCAUUGGCGAGCAUGCCCGCUAUAUGGAGACGCUCACCGAGCAGGAGGUGCUCGACGGGUUGCUGUGGCUUUUCCGCAAAUUUGUGCCCUUCGAUGUGCCGCAUCCACAGCACUUCCUGCGUACCCAAUGGCAUGCGAAUCCCAAUUUCCGUGGCAGCUACAGCUUUCGCAGCACCUACGCGGACGAGCUGCAUACCGGCCCUUGGGACUUGGAGGCGCCUCUGCUCGAUGUUUGCGGCAAGCCGAGAUUACAGUUUGCCGGCGAGGCUUCCAGCAAGAGCCACUACUCGACUGUGCAUGGCGCCACAGAAACGGGAUGGCGGGAGGCGGAUCGGCUGAAUGAGUUCUACAGCCGAAGCACCUCGGAUUAUUAAUGUAUGGUGGUCGUUGUUUUCACUUGGAGUGAAAAGAACACACCAACUAGAUCAGUUUCUAAUACAAAUUACAAUUGCAAAGUGUGAGAAAAUAGAUGAGAAAU